AUGUGUGUCAGGAAGAGAAAUACGACAGUUCAGCAAUACAGCUCUCAGGCAUGGAAGAGAAGGUGGUUUGUGUUACGCAGUGGCCGUCUGACUGGAGACCCCGAUGUCCUGGAGUAUUACAAAAACGACCACGCCAAGAAACCUAUCCGGAUUAUUGAUUUAAACUUGUGUCAGCAAGUUGAUGUUGGGCUGAUGUUCAACAAGAAGGAGUUUGAAAACAGCUACAUCUUUGAUAUCAACACCAUUGACUGGAUUUUCUACUUGGUGGCAGACAGUGAGGAGGACAUGAACAAGUGGGUUCGUUGUAUCUGUGACAUCUGUGGCUUCAAUCCCACAGAAGAGGAUCCCGUGAAGCCCCUUGGCAGCUCCUCGCAAGCACCAGUUGAGUCACCUUUCCCUCUGAAUACAGCACCAGCCUCCGCCCAGCUGGAAGCCUCUUCCUCAGCAGCACUACCUCCUUCUUACCAGCUCAUCAGCCUCCCGCCACACCCAGACACUCUAGGACUCCAGGAUGACCCCCAGGACUACCUCUUGUUGAUCAACUGUCAGAGCAAGAAGCCUGAACCCACCAGACAAGGGUCAUCUUUUGUUUCUGAAGAAGGAGAGGAGUACCUCCUACUGGAAGAAUUUGAAAGCAAACCGAUCCCAUUGCAAACCCACGCUGACUCUGCAAAGCCAAUCCCUUCCGAGACAGACUGCAAUGACAACGUCCCUUCCCAUAAGACCCCUGCUUCCUCCCAGAGCAAACACAGAAUGAACGGCUUUUUUCAGCAGCAAAUGCUGUAUGACUGCCCUCCAUCCCGAGCUCCAUCCGUCUCUGUAGACUCCAGCCUCUAUAACCUGCCCAGAAGUUAUUCCCAUGACGUGUUACCAAAGGAGUCUCCAUCAAGCACUGAAGCAGAUGGAGAGCUGUACGUCUUUAAUACCCUGUCUGGGGCUUCGAGUGUGGAAGCUCAGAUGAGACAUGUAUCUAUCAGUUAUGACAUUCCGCCCACACCUGGGAACACUUACCAGAUUCCAUGGACAUUUCCAAAAGGCACCUUGGGACAGUCAUCAAAGCUGGACGCCAUUCCUGAUAUCCCCCCACCUCGGCCACCAAAGCCACUUCCAGCUCACGACCGGUCUCCUGUGGAAACGUGUGGCGCCCCACGCACAGCUUCAGACACUGACAGCAGUUACUAUAUUCCUGCAGCGGGCGUGCCGCCAUCCCGAAGUAAUGCCAUUUCCACCGUGGAUUUGAACAAGCUACCGAAAGAUGCUGUUUCUCAAGACUGCUAUGAUAUUCCACGAACCUUUCCAAGUGAUAGAUCUAGUUCCCUGGAAGGCUUCCAUAGCCAGUCUAAAAGCAAAACUGUGUUGACAGUGGGUGGUGUCUCAGGCGAAGAGCCGGAUGAAAACUAUGUCCCCAUGAACCCCAACUCGCCACCACGACAAUCCAGCAGCUUUACAGAGCCAACUCAGGAACCAAAUUACGUGCCAAUGACCCCUGGGACCUUCGACUUUUCUUCAUUUGGGAUGCAAGUCACUCCUCCCGCUCAUUUGGGCUUCAGGUCCAGCCCAAAGACCCCUCCCAGGAGGCCAGUUCCUGUUGCUGACUGUGAACCACCCCCAGUGGAUAGGAACCUCAAGCCGGACAGAAAAGCCAAGCCAGCACCUCUGGAAAUAAAGCCACUGCCAGAGUGGGAAGAACUGCAAGCCCCAGUCAGAUCCCCCAUCACCAGGAGCUUCGCUCGGGACUCCUCUAGAUUCCCCUUGUCCCCUCGGCCGGAUUCUGUGCACAGCACGACGUCCAGCAGCGACUCUCACGACAGUGAGGAGAACUACGUCCCCAUGAACCCAAACCUGUCCAGCGAAGAUUCCAAUCUCUUUGGCAGUAACAGCCUUGAUGGAGGGAGCAGCCCCAUGGUCAAGCCCAAAGGAGAUAAACAAGUUGAAUACCUAGAUCUAGACCUAGAUUCUGGGAAAUCCACGCCACCACGGAAGCAAAAGAGCAGUGGAUCGGGCAGCAGCAUGGCCGACGAGAGGGUGGAUUACGUUGUGGUGGACCAACAGAAGACUCUGGCUCUGAAGAGCACCCGGGAAGCCUGGACGGAUGGCAGGCAGUCGACAGAAUCGGAAACUCCCACCAAAAGUGUGAAGUGAAGAUACACCAUUGCCACUGCCAAACAAGUGGGAACUGAGGAGAAGACAGAUGCCAAGCGGAGAACGCGAUGCUUCUACUCUCAGAAGCUCAAGUAAGCAAGGAUGGAGAAAAGGACCUCUCAGAUGUGGUCAAGCAAAUUAGAUUGUAAAUGGUGCUGUGUGGUAUUGGAUUUGUAAUGUAAAUAAUGUGGGGGAAAUAGCGUUGUAGUUCUCACAGAAACAUCUGUCCCUAGCUAACAUGCCUGUAGUAUGACUAUAGUGAUGCACUUUUUCAUUGACCAUGUUGGUUUGGGUGUUCCUGAUGUACCCUAACAGAUUCCCUUCUUCCCGACGUACCCUAGCAGAUUCCUUUGGGUCUUCCCAACGUACCCAAACAGAUUCCCUUGGGUCUUCCUGACGUACCCUAACAGAUUCCCUUCUUUCCAACGUACCCUAACAGAUUCCCUUGGGUCUUCCCGACAUACCCUAACAGAUUCCCUUGGGUCUUUCCGAUGUACCCUAACAGAUUCCCUUGGGUCUUCCCGACGUACCCUAACAGAUUCCCUUGGGUCUUCCCGACAUACCCUAACAGAUUCCCUUGGGUCUUCCUGACGUACCCUAGCAGAUUCCCUCGGGAGUUCCUGAUGCACCCUAGCAGGUUCCCUCGGGAGUUCCCGAUGCACCCUAGCAGGUUCCCUCGGGAGUUCCUUUUGUCUUCUCACACUACUCUAUGUAACAAUACUAAGUGAAAUGGGCUACUUUUAGUUCUGGAAAUUUCAGUUGAAGCUACAGGCUAACACCAUUAAAAUGAGAAGUAGUUCACAAAUUUGCUUUCCCGUAAAGGUGGUAACCAUGAGCUUAAACUGUAGAAUAUAGUUGGACUCCCCCUUUGUUGGUUUCCAAAAUACCGGGGAUAAUGUAUAUACUGUUGUCAAGACCUAGUUCUUUGGCUCAUGUAUUCUUAGGUUUUAAUAGUAUAACUUGGUUGGUUUUUGUUAAUUGGUGUCUUGGGUUCAUUGUGUGAAGGGUUCUGCUGGGUAGGACCUUGCACCUUUGCCAGACUGGCUCCGGUUACACUCUUAGGCCCACAAAUUACCUGCAGAUGGACUGGUGGUCUGCUCUCAACCCUUGUUCACAUGGAUUAAACAUUAUUUGCAAAAGGUGGAUUCUGUGGCUAAUCAGGUACGUACAGAUCACUGCCGUGCCAAUAUCCUGAUCAGGUUUAGACAGAGAGCUCCAGUUAGGUUUGGGUUAAUCCUAAUAUUGGUUUAGAAUUAAUGAAAUGUUCACAUUCACUGUCAGUUACAGCACCAUACUGUGAUUUUGAAUUAAGUAGACAGUAAUUCAAUAUUAUUACUCUUGAGAAUGAAA